AUGUCGGUACCAUGCCACGAUGUGCUCUCGUUGUGGGCGGCCCCGUUGAUCGUAUUCGCUGUUGCUGACGACCACAUCCGUCGGCGGCGUCCAGAGAUGAAAGCCCCCGCCCGGGUACAGCUCGCGUCGAAACAGGUCCGCUACCUUGGCGUAAAUGGCAAACGCAGCAUAGUCGGCGUCGUAGGGUGGUCGCGACACAGCUGGUGCUCCCGGUAGGUAGUGAAGGGUGUGCAACUUGAUCGGAAGAGCGAGAAGGUUCGCGAGCGUCAACGUCCUCGGCUUGACUUGCGCAUUGUGCGUCGAUGGUACCUUCAGCCACGGCCUGCCAUCUUGGGUGUAGAUCGGUUCGGAUCGGAGUGUAGUCGCAAGGCCACGCAUCGGUUGCCAAGUCAAAGUCGGGGCGGGAUGGGCUCGUACAAUCGCCGCGCCGCCAAGUCCCUGCCAGAUCGCAUCCGAACCGGCCAAGAAGCACGUCCCAGACGCGUGCCGCAACCGAGUCGACGACGUCCUGCAUCCGCAUGACCCCAAGACCCCCCUUGAACCUCGGUGUGAAGACGACGUCCUUGCCAUAGCACGACCUCCUCUUGCCGCCGCGGACAAAGUCGGCGAGAAUGCGAUCAAGCUCCUUGACGACCUCGAGCGGUGGGAUGUCGGCGGAGAGGAUGUGCAGAAUCUUGGGAAUGGGCGUAUCGGUUGA